UUGUUUACCGAUAGUUUACUGUGUAAAUAAUAUUUUUCUACCGUUAUACCUAAUAAAAAAUCACAAAAUCAUCAUUCCGUUACGUAUACUAUAGUCAUACAGGAAUAUAUGCGCCGGUAAUUGGCAUAACAAUGAUGAAAAGUAUUAUUACUGUGUUAUCAUGUGUUAUCACGGUUUCGUCCACUAAACAUUGUGAUUUUAACGUGAGACUCACACAAACCCUUCGUAAUGAAGGAUUUCACAGAAAUAUAACCUAUGAAAUAGUAUUCAACGGAGAUGAAGACAAGCCUCGUCGGGAACUGCGAGACUGUGUUGUGGGUCUGCAUCAGGAACUGCCACCAGGGGUGUAUGCUAACCCUGAUGAGCUAGGGGAUUUGAAGCGGGCAAAUAAGUUAUUUGUGCUGCCACAGAACAGAAUCAACAUAGAACUGCCGGCAGAGCAGUCAAACCCGAGCACUGUAUAUGUCAUGGGUGCGGUCACACAUGACCGGGCACACCUGUGGCUACCGGUCCAUGCUCGGUACCAUCAGGCGACUUCUGGAGGAGGUAUGGCUCGAAACGAGAUCUACCCUCCCCGGAUAUUCCUGUACUGUCCCGAUAUUCUACGCUGCGACGGGUCGACGACGCCUAUGCUCUUCACCUGCGAAGACGAGCCUAAAGACUGCUGGAACACCUACAAGGAACUCCCAUACACCGUGUUAACGGACACCCUGAUAUGGGAGGUGCCGGUGGGAGGGACCGGCCCGCUAUCCCUUAUAGAGGGUUUUGCAUAAGGCUUAAUUCACCCUACCCUUUGCCAGACGAAACCCUUUCACACACAAGAGCAACGCAGAUCUACGUGUAUGUGCAUAAAGUUCAAUUUCAGUUUUGACAUUUCGGUGACGUGGCCUCCGAGUGACAGCCUUUGUGUUUGACACGGCGUCGAAAAGGUUAAUGAUAAGUGUAACCCUUAUUAAGGGAUUGCCUUAUUUUUGGCUAUGCUUUUCGGUAAGGGGUAGUCAAAUGAAAUGAAAAUGAAUGGGCUUGCAGUUCAAACUGGAAAGUCUUUCAAUAUGUAAGCGUUAGCCGUGUUUAAGGGACGCCCAUUAAAAUGCUUUUAUCGCGGAAAAGGUUGUCCGGUUCCUGCUACCACGCGGUCGCCGACCCCACCGCACUAGUCUGGUCGCGGGGAGGGGGGUGUCGUUCCUCCAUUAAUCAACUCCUAAUAAGUCAACUUUCGUUUAAUAGAUGGCUCUGCGUAACCCGAACCCUAAACCAGAUGUCUAAGCGCCGAACAAAAUAAACUGAACUGACUGUGUUAUUGACGCCAUCUGGCAAUAAUUUUGAAAGUCGAAUGACUUCAUGUACGGAACUGUAUACCGCCAUUAGCACCAUCUACGUUAAAUUCAAAGCACGAAUCCUAGAUUCGACUCCGGCCACGCUAACUUUGCGUCGAUUUUACAGUAACAAUAAUUAUAUACGUUUAUCACAUAGGAGCGCCAUACUUGACGUUUGACGUAGCACUUGAUUAUGACAUGACGUAGAUGGAGCUGUAUACAAAUAAAUCUGAUAGUAUUGUUUUUUUUUUUUAAUUUAGACCUUAUUACAACGGAAUAAGAUUGUUAUUCUAAGUCUUAGAUUUAUUAGUUUUAAUUGAAUGUGAUCUAGUCUGCAUAAAUAAUAUUCAUUCCUAAAAGUAUUACAAUUGUACCAAUAAGUAU